AUGGCGGAGGCCGAGGCUGUGUACCGCUACGAGUCCGGAAACAUCGCGCAUGCACCCAAGAAGGAUUACGGGCCUUUAGACUUCACUGGCAAGCUUGGUGGGGGCCUGCGACUCGAUAUCCGCAGGCGAGCGCCGCUUUAUUGCAGUGAUUGGACGGAUGCCUUCAAACCGGAGAACUUCCAGAAAUCGGUGUCGUCCAUCUUGUAUCUGUUCAUCGCAGCCCUUGCCCCUGCGAUUACGUUCGGCAGUCGGUUCCUUGACGGCACGAACGGCCAGUUCGGAGUGAUGGAAAUGAUUAUGAGCACAUGUAUCAGCGGUUUGAUCUUCUCAACAUUUUCCGGCCAACCCCUUUCGAUUUUGGGUGCCACCGGUCCGUUCUUGGCUUAUACGCUUGUCGUCUAUGACUUGGCAGUUGCCGUGGACGUGGAAUUCAUGCCGUUUUAUUUCUGGACAUGCAUGUGGUGCUCCCUCUUCACCGUCCUGGUGGCGGUCUUCGAUUUGUGCGCACUCAUGAAGCACGUGACUAUGUUCAGCGAAGACAUCUUCGCAGGAUUAAUCUCGCUGAUCUUCAUCAUCGACGGAGCCCGGCCAAUCAUCGAGAAUUUCACGGAAAGCAGGCUGACGCUGACGAACUGCAUGUUUGAAGCCCUCUUGUUCAUCUGGACAUUUGGUUUGGCAACAUACUUGUCCAGCUUCCGCCGAAGCCCCUGGACUUUCCGAUUCGUUCGCAACUUUGCGGCCAAUUUCGCAGUGACCAUCGCCUUGGUGAGUGGCUCGGCUUUGGCUGCCAUUUACUCCAACGACACAGGCCUGAGGAUGUUGCAGGUGGACGCAGACUUCUCGCCAAACUUGAGCUUGUCCGAUGGCAGCAAGCGGCCGUGGAUCAUUAAUCCCGCCGGCAUGGACCGCCCCUUCCCCGCUUGGGGCAUUGCUUAUGCGAUCCUUCCGGCGAUUGGCUUCGCAGUGUUAGGUUACCUGGAUCAGAAUCUCACCAGUGUGAUCGUGAACAGACCCUCCAACGGUCUGAAGAAGCCGGCUGCGUACCACCUGGACUUGUUUGUUCGGGGAGCGCUCACGCUGCCUGUCUGUGCUGUGCUGGGCCUGCCGCUGUCCGUGGCCUCCACGGUGCCGAGUAUCACCCACGUAAUCUCGUUGACCACUUACGAGGUGAAGCAGCUUCCGGAAGGAGAGCGCAAGGUGCCUACGAAGGUGGUGGAACAGCGUGCUACCAACUUCUUGAUUCACGUGCUCAUUGGCUCAGCACUCUUCCUGGCACCAGUGCUGAAGUUCCUGCCCCGGGCCGUGCUGCAGGGCGUGUUCUUCUACAUGGGAAUCGCGAGCCUGACCGGCAACAACCUCUUCGACCGUUUGAAGCUGUGGCUCAUCUGGGACCCGGCGAAGUACCCGCAGUACCACUACAUCCAGAAGCUGCCUAUCAGCCGAGUGCACCUGUACACCGUCGUCCAGGUCAUCUGUCUUGGCAUUCUGUAUGGGUUGAAAGCCAUCAAGGAAACGUCGGUGGUGUUCCCGUUCUUCAUGGCCUCUCUGGCCAUCAUCCGCAAGGCCAUGAGGUUCAUGUUCACCGAGGAUGAACUGAAGCAGCUGGACGGCCUUCCAGGUGAGGACGAGGAGGAGGAUGCCUCGAUUUCGAAGCCGGACAUUGUGAAUCUGGAUGCGAAGGAGGCCGCCUAG